GCACGCUUGUGUGUGUGGGGUUUACUAUUCUUAGCAUUUAGGAACCCCUUUGAAGAGCAACACAGCGUCACACCAGCUACGACCGAGCGACAACACUUAUUCUUUUGUAACGACACUUGUGGUAGAAACUACUUACUUUCAGCCUGGUCUCAGGAUUCCUCACUACUCCUGCCUGUGUGUGGAUCUCUGUGAGAAGUCCCCCUCGGUGGCCGGGCCAUGCAAAUGCAGGAUUUGAUUCGCCAGUUUCGGGUGGGUGAGCUGGUGGAUUUCAGGCAGUAUGUGCGCAGUUUACCUUCCAACACGCUGAUGGGCAUGGGGGCAUUUGCAGCCAUCACCACCUACUGGUAUGCCACCAGACCGAGAGCCCUAAAACCACCCUGCGACCUUACCAUGCAGUCUGUGGAGGUGCAGGGUGAGAAAUCCGCUCGCCGUUCUAUCCUAUUGGACGACGACAGGCUGAUGACGCAUAUUUACGAUGAUGCGAAGACACUAUACGAGGCAUUUCUGCGUGGGCUCAGAGUGUCCAAUAAUGGCCCUUGUUUAGGAUCAAGAAAACCUAAGCAGCCGUACGAAUGGCUCUCGUAUAAAGAGGUUGUGGACGGAGCCGAGUUGAUUGGAUCUGGGUUGCUACACAAAGGUCACAGUCAAGCAGGAGACAAAUACAUUGGCAUCUUUGCCCAAAACAGACCCGAGUGGACUAUUUCAGAGCUGGCCUGCUACACAUACUCUCUUGUGGCUGUACCAAUGUAUGACACACUCGGCACAGAGGCCAUCAGCUACAUCAUAGACAAAGCUGUGAUCUCUACAGUGAUCUGUGACGUGGUGGAAAAGGCAAGGAUAGUGCUAGACUGCGUGGCAGCUCGAGAUCACAGCGUCAGGACCAUCGUCAUGAUGGAGGAGUUCGACAACGAGCUCUCAAAAAGAGCAGAGAAAGAGGGUAUCCUCAUUAUCAGCCUGAGACAGCUGGAGGCUGUAGGCCGAGCCCAUCGCAAGAGACCGCUGGCUCCUAAACCCAAUGAUCUGGCUCUGAUCUGCUUCACCAGUGGAACUACAGGUACUCCGAAAGGUGCUAUGCUAACACACGGUAAUGUUAUUUCUAACUGCUCGGCCUUCACUCGAAUAAUUGAGGGAAAGAUGGGACUAAAUCGUCAUGAUGUUCUGAUCUCCUUCCUGCCUUUGGCUCACAUGUUUGAGAGAGGGGUGGAGAUGAGCAUUUUGAUGCACGGAGCAAGGAUUGGUUACUUUCAGGGUGAUAUUCGAACGCUGAUGGACGAUCUAAAGACCCUCAAACCCACCGUGUUUCCCGUCGUACCACGACUGCUCAACCGCAUGUUUGAUAAGAUUUUUGGACAGGCUAACACCCCGCUAAAGCGCUGGCUGCUGGACUUCGCCACCCGGAGGAAAGAAUCAGAAUUACGCAGCGGUGUUGUUAGGAAGGACAGCAUGUGGGACAAACUCAUCUUCAGUAAAGUCCAGGUGAGCCUGGGUGGGCGUGUCAGGCUAAUGAUUACUGGUGCCGCCCCCGUUUCGCCUACUGUUCUGACAUUCCUGCGAGCUGCUCUGGGAUGCCAGUUUUAUGAAGGGUACGGACAGACCGAAUGCACUGCAGGAUGUAACAUGUCUUUGCCGGGAGACUGGACAGCAGGUCACGUAGGUCCUCCUAUGCCGUGUAACUACGUAAAGUUGGUGGACGUAACAGAGAUGAACUACAGUGCAGCUAAAGGGGAGGGUGAGGUGUGUGUGAAAGGACCAAACGUGUUCCAGGGUUACCUGAAGGACCCGGAGAAGUCGGCGGAGGCUGUUGAUAAAGACGGCUGGCUGCACACCGGCGAUAUCGGCAAGUGGCUCCCGAAUGGAACCCUAAAGAUCACAGACAGGAAGAAGCACAUCUUUAAGCUGGCGCAGGGCGAGUACAUCGCUCCGGAAAAGAUCGAGAACAUCUAUAUCCGCAGUGACCCUGUGGCCCAGGUCUUCAUUCAUGGAGACAGUCUGCAGGCAUGUUUAGUCGGCAUUGUGGUUCCCGAUCCUGACUUCCUGCCAGGAUGGGCCAAAAGACGAGGAAUAGAAGGAUCCUACCUAGACCUGUGUAGGAACAAGGAGGUGAAAAAUGCCAUUCUGGAGGACAUGGUGCACUUGGGAAACGAGGGUGGAUUAAAGUCAUUUGAGCAGGUGAGGGACAUUUUGCUCCAUCCAGAGAUGUUCUCUGUGCAGAACGGCCUCCUCACGCCCACUCUGAAAGCCAAGAGAACCCAACUAAGAACCCGCUUUAGGGAACACAUCGACUACAUGUACGCCAAGAUCAAGAUGUGACAAAAACAGCCACAAAAAGACUGGCCGUAAUUAUAAUGAUGACCACAAGGUAGAAGUACUGUCCAUUUAAUUUAAAGAUUCGAGGUCAUUUAGCCUUAGGUAUUGAAGUAACCACAGACAGUGCCUUUAAGCAUUUAGCCCUCCAAACUAUUUUGAUAUUUUAUUAUAUGGUCAAAUGUAUUUGGACACUUGAUCAUGAGCUUAUUGGACACCCCAUUUCAAAACCUUGGGCAUUAAUGUAUGGUUGCCCCCCUUUUGUGGCUACGACAGCCUCCAAUUCACUGGGAAGGCUCACUGGAAAGGCUUGUCACAAACUUUGUCCACACAUUUUGGUCCCACUUGAUCAAAACCCCAUUUUUUGAAAUAGAGCCAACGCCAGUCAAUGUCCAGUUCUUGUGAUGCCUCAUUAGGUUUGGUUGGUCGGAGAUGGGAGUUUGUGUUUUCUCUUCUUCAAGCCCUCGUGGUAAAAUGGUAUAAAUUAUAAGCACAAUUCAUAAAUCCUUAAUGAUGUACAUUUUCACAUCAUUUAAAAGCAUUUUCAAAUGGACAAACUGGCCUAAAAACCCAUUUGUGAGGUCAGGCACUGACUUUGGAUGAGAAGAUCUGGCUCACUAUCAACAUUCCAAUUUAUCCCAAAAGUGUCCAGUGUUAAUAGGGGUUGAGGUCAGGACUCUGCAGGCCACUCAAGUUCCUCCAAACACAGUAAGCCAUGGACCUACGAACCUUGUUUCACACAUAAGCGGAAGAAGAAACAGCCUUUAAAUAAUUGUAGCCUGAAAGUUUGGCAGUGGUUGUGGCUAAAACACCUGAAAUCAAUGAAUGUGAUAUAAAAUGCAUAUCACAGUUGUCUGUCUGUCUGUCAAAAUUAGCCUCAGGCAAAACAUCAUGAUCGGGCUGUUUGGUAGUAAUGAUAAAACUGUCCAAAUGACACAAUGCAGACAUUUUACAUGCUGUAAGGGGGGUUUUGGACUUGUCUUGCUGUAAAACACAGUAGAGACUGGAAGUCUAGUCAGGAUUAUUGGAGAAAUGAAUAGUGCACAAUACAAAAUGAAUGGAAAAUGAUUUGCCCCAUGCCAGAAACAUGUAUUAUUUUAUUAAAAUAAUGCAAGCAGGCAAUCACAGUGUGUGCUGUAGUAAUGUAUGCAUGUUAGCCUGCUUAACUAAAACUCACUAUAAAAAUAAAAACAUCAGUCAAGUCUCACAAGUGAGGAAACGAAGAAUUAAAAACUCUUUGUACAGGAGCUGAAUGUGAAUAAUGAUGCACUAGAGAUGGAUGUUGUGCUGAUUUUUACCUUGGGUUGAGAUACUGUAAAAAAAAUACACAAUACAACAUGUGAAGCCAUUA